UUGUCCACUUCAAGGGAGAAUGAUUCUCCAGUUAGCAUCACAUGAUCACAGAGUUGAUUCUGGAACUAAGUUUUCAUUUGCACAACAAGACAAAAGUAGAACGCACCCUAGUUUUGCAUUUGGUGAGUGCCCGAAUAAAUAAAUCUGCAAAACCACGAGAAGAGAGGAGAGGAGUGGGCUUUCGUGUUGGUUUACCACAAAUACAAAGCGAAAGCGACCACAUUUGCGGCCGUCUGAGCCAAUGAUCUCAAGCUUUGUCUUUCACGCACGGCCUCUUCAACCUGAAAGCGAAUUGGUCAACUUUCUACCGGUCUUGCUCAUUUUUUAGGUAAGAGGGGAAAAAAUAAAGGAUGUAACCGGGCCGGCAGCUUAUCACGCUUAUUAGAUUUAAAAAUUGAAGCCAUUAGGCAUACAAUCAAGAAAGAGAAUAAGCUGGUGAGGAGUUUAUUGUGGGGGUGGCCAAGUUUUCCACAAGAAAUUCUUCAUGUACUAAUCUGUAGUCACCCUACAAAAAUCAUAUAUUGUAUGUAUGCCAGCAUUAUCGUUCGUUAGAUCUGCGCCAUGCUCAACUAAACUGCAGGUAGCGCGAUUGAUUUGUUUCCACGGCCAUAGUCAUCGAUAUGGAGCAGCCACGAGUUUUAAGAUGGUUUGACGUGCAAUCCGUGCCUGGUGAUUACCGCUUUCCGCUGGAGGAUCGACCAGGACGGCUUCCCAUUCCUUUAUGUGACGCAGUCCCUGUAAUUGACCUCCACAAGUCAACUACGAGUCCAGAAAAAUGGAGCAUGGUCCGACAGAUUGUAGAAGCCAGUCAAGAAUAUGGAUUUUUCCAGGUGAUCAACCAUGGAGUAUCUGAAGAUGUCGUGAGGGAAACGAGUACCGUGUUUAAGGAAUUUUUCAACAUGUAUGCGGAGGGCAAGAAAGGUACUAGUGCAUCUGAUGGAGAUUUAAGCCGGGGCUGGAUCUACAUGAACAGCUCCUCCGUAUUUGCAAAAGAUGGUAUUCAUUUGUGGAGGGAUAAUGUUAAACUUGCUUGUCACCCCUUGGAGGAAUGCAUGCAAGGUUGGCCUCCAAAACCAACCCGGUAUAGAGAGGUGGUUGCAACAUACGUAGAGGAAAUGAGGAGAUUGAGUGGAAGAAUUCUUGAGCUGAUAUGUGAAGGAUUGGGGCUGGAAGCUGGGUACUUGGAACGGUUGAGCCAAGUUCAAUUGGUGGUAGGCAACUAUUAUCCACCGUGCCCGGACCCGAGUUUGACCUUGGGACUAUUAAAGCACUGCGAUCCCAGCCUAAUUACCAUCCUCCUUCAAGAAGGAAAUGCAUGUGGACUUCAAGUUUUGCAUAAUGGAAAGUGGAUAGGGGUCGCCCCUCUUCCUAAUGCCCUUGUUGUCAACAUUGGUAACCAGCUGGAGAUUAUCAGUAAUGGGAAGCUAAAGAGCGCAGAACAUCGAGCGGUGACAAAUUCAUAUGAAGCCAGAAUAAGCAUUGCCACCUUCAUCAACCCUUCCCACAACUCCAUUGUAGAACCUGCAAAAGUUUUGGUUGAUGAGUUAAAUCCUCCUCGCUACGCUCCCACUUUGUACAAAGACUUCGCUCACACGUCCAAAGUUGCGUCCACUGAAGCAACAAAACCGCCUGCGCCUCUUGAUUCUUAAUGGGAAUUGCUGCUCUUUCACUUGCGAAAAGGACGAACCAAGUAACACGCAUACUUUUCUUUAUAGAAAACAUCUGGAAAAAAAAGAAGAAGAAGAAAUGUUUUGAUUCAAAGCCGGUUUGACAGAUUUAUUUGGAUGAAACAAGUGGAAACCCAGGAUUAUUUUGUUGGAGUAUUCCCUCCGACAGACCUCGUUAGAUUGCGGAAGUGUCAAUUCACUUCUGCCCAAUGCUGUAUCCUGAUUAUUCCACACAUGCGUGUGUAUAUAUACAUGUAUAAAGGUUUAGAAGUGAAAAAAAUUA